AUGAGUGACAUCAUCGGCCCCGUCCAUCACAAACGCCACACCUCCUUCGCUUCGCAUACGCCUCUCCGCAACCGACCAUGCAUCCCAGCGUCACCUCGCCAACGACCCCAUAACUUGCUACCCGCUCCGUUAUUGUGUGCAGCCACCGCGGAGCCCGGGCCCUGUCCUCCGCCGAGACAAUCAAGAGGGAUUUCAGUCGUUGCACCGAUCAUCUCCUUGAUUGGCCACCCAUCAUUGCCCCUUCUGGACCUUGAUGGACCAAGGGUGGCUGGCUUUUACCACACUGAAAUGACGUCGAGGGGUGUGGUAUGA